UUCAUCUAAGUGUUCCAUAAUCUGAUACAGCAAUUAAGCAAUAUGAUUAAGUAGUAUUGCUAUAAAUUAGGCAAUCUUAGAGCUGUAUGAAAAAACAAUGAUCUACCUACUUUAACAUAUGAAAAACAUUUACUUCCUAGUAAGAUCCAAAAAGGAAAAUUCUUGAUAAACAUCAUCUUCUCAAGUUGUAGGCGGAACAUAAUAUUUUUUUUCUUAUGUACUGUAUUUAUAUGCUACCAGAAUCUCCUAAAACUACAACACCCAAAAUUUCUUGAGAAAAAAAAAAAAAAAAAAAAGCCGAGAAUGGGCUCAUAUUCUUGUAAUGUAUCUAAUAGAUAUAUGGAGUCAUGUAGCAGUACUGUCCCAUGGAGGGAGAUGUUUCAAUCUGCUUCGUUUCGUAUGCCUAAAUCCGAUCCUUUUUCUGACACUGAAACAACUGAUCAUGUAAUACCUCCUAAGGAUCAUGCUAUGCAAACACAAGGAUUAAGCGCGAUUCAUGUACCAGAAGCAGAUGGAAGAAGUUCAUGUUCUUCUGAGAUCCGUGGGUUGCGUUCUUAUUCACUAGAUCAUAAUCCUUCCAGCAGCCUCAACUUGAAUUCAGAAAACUCUUCAUCUGUCCCUUGGCAAGUCAUGUUUCGCACUGCUUCAUUCAGCAGGCCUGAUAUAUCUUUUCGAAACCAAAAUCCAAUCAUCGAGGAUAAUGCAGCAGCUACAGAGAAGGCAGGACAUGAUGUUCUAACAGAAUCUAGCCUCGUAGAAAUAUCACCUGAUGAAAGAAAUGUUACAGGAAGCACUUCAGAGACUUCAGAAAAAAUUAUUGAAAAGAUAGAAUCUAAGCAAAGUUGUUGUUUUGCUUCUGAUGCUUGGAUAUGGGUUGCAGUCUAUGUUACCUUAGGACAAGCAGCAGUCACAGUUCUGAUUUCCCUGUCCUACGGAGUCUCCAAAUUGCUCGAAGAAUACAUACGACCAAUUAUAUGGGCAUCCCUUUGCUCGAUUCCUUUAAGGGGAAUCCAAGACACCCUUGUUGAGUUCUGGUCUGAGCCUCUUGAAGCAGGACUAACUGAUGCAAUUUUAGCAGUACCAGUGGCUAUUUUACGAGCUUUUGCAGGAACAAUAAUUGAUGCUCGCGAUGUAUUUUCUUGGGUUUUCUAUGGAGAGAACAAGCUCAAAGAUGUAAGGCCAGAAAAAAAUGGCUUCAUAAGGUUGGUCGGAAGGCUGGUUUCGUUCAGUCUCUUCGUGUUUGCUUAUGAACAGAUUGGAAGAUUUGGGGCCUGUACUCUCAUUGGAUUAGGCUUCAUGCUCAGCUCGAAUCUUUCACCUUCAACCAUCUCUGCAGUUUCUUCAUUAAGAAGUGACAGUUUUCGCCAAAGGAGCACUACUUGUACACAACAAAACACGGUAAAUAAUCCUAAUCUUGAUAAGAUUAGCAGGCUUGUUAGUCAAGGGAUAUUAAGCAGGCUGAAAACAAUUUUAGCAGUAGGACUAAUUAUCGGAAUGAUCAUCGGAAGUUUAGCUGGUUUGAUGUUCUUCACUUACCAAAUUGGAGCCGAGGGAAAAGAUGCAGUAAUUUCCAUCAAAUUCCAAAUUGAAGAGAGCAACUAUGCAGAAAACAUCUUCAUUAAGAAGUGGAUACAGGAGAAUCAUGCAAUGGAGUUGAUGGAUUGGUACACUUCUGAAUGCUAUGAGACAUUAUUACAUCAGAUUGAUAAAUUCGCGUCUAAAUACAACUUGUCAGAAUUCAUAGAAGUAAUCAAGCAUUUUGCCAUCACUCCAUAUACCGAUGAUUUCCCUGAAAAUUCAUCAAUUUUCUUUGGCCCUCCCCAGGCAAGAAAGUACACCUUUAAGCUGAGAAAUCUGAUGGAAAAGCCGGUUCUUAAUAAGGCGAAAUGCCUUGCAACUCAAGGGAUGGAUUUAUGGUUCUGGGUACUGACAAACAGCAAGUUCCUCUUAGAUGGAAGUGCACAUUUCCUGCUGUACAUAGGACAUGUAAUGGUCUCAGGAGCAGCAGGAAUAAUGCAAUUUCUGCUGCAAUCAAUAGUAUUUUUCUGGGUGUUGUACUAUCUUCUGACAUCAGAAUCUGGUGGGGUGACUGAGCAAGUUAUGAAAGUUCUUCCCCUCCAAAAACCCAUCAAAGAACGUUGUGUCGAGGCCUUAAACAAUGCUAUAUCAGGAGUGCUUUUGGCAACAGCAGAGAUUGCCUUCUUUCAGGGGUGUUUCACUUGGCUUCUUUAUAGGCUAUUUUCGGUACAUUUUGUUUACAUGUCAACUAUGCUUGCUUUUAUCAACCCUUUGCUUCCAAUUUUUCCUGCUUGGCUUCCGACAUUGCCUGGAGCUGUAGAGUUAGUGUUGGAUGGAAGAUAUUUUUUGGCAAUCAGCUUCUGCAUAACUCAUAUAUUGGUGUUGGAUUUUGGAGCAUUCGAAAUCGCAGAAUCUGUGCCCGGUUAUAGCACCUAUCUUACUGGUGUUAGCAUCAUUGGAGGCAUGACUUUGUUCCCUUCUGCAUUAGAGGGAGCAAUAAUGGGACCUUUAAUAACAACCAUUGUUAUUGCCCUUAAAGACUUGUAUGCUGAGUUUGUGCUGAACGAAACGAUGGAAACAAAUGAGAAGAGUAGUGAGUAAAAUCAAAUUCAGAUUCCAUCUCAGUUAUGAACAAUGGCUGAUCUACUCAUACCAGUCUGUCUAGUACAUGAUUUCCAGGAACACAUUGCUCAGAAAAUAUUAUCCAUUUUUGGGAGGAUAAUUUAUUUGGCUACUUAAUUGAAAGCUGUGUCGAUCAUUGUUGUUGUAAUUUUAAGGCAGUGCAUCUGUAAAUUUGUAUUAAUUCAUUUCAUAGUCUGUUUUCGAUUUUUGACAGUUUGAGUGGUAUUCAGGUCUCCCAUUUUUGCUGUACCUAAAGGCUAAAGCCAUUCAAAUCGAGGUCCUUCCAAACUUAUGUUGUAAAGAAAUCAUAAGAUUAUAAGAAUACAAAUGUAUCAUUGUUUUACAAGUCUUCCAAUGUUGAUAAGUUAUUUUUAUGUAAUUUUAA